AUGUGGUCUUCUUUUGCCUAUCAUGAGCCAAGCACAGCACAACUGUUGAUACUUGCUUCUUGGGUAUAUCUACUCAAUCUAUUAGGUUGGAUUUCGCAACAUCUGUUGAGUGCUCAGCUAUUAGGUCAGAUUCUGAUUGGAAUCAUCUUCGGUACACCGGUCGCGGGAUGGCUUGAUCAGAGCUGGGAAGAAGCCUUUGUAGCUAUCGGAUAUGUGGGUCUGCUUUUAAUAGUCUUUGAGGGCGGCCUGAGCUCAUCUUUCGCCAAUGUUGUAUCGCUACUUCCCCUUUCCACCUGUAUCGCUUUGACUGGUAUCCUGCUUUCCAUCGCAUUGUCAUUUGUCCUGAUUCCCUUAGCGUCAUUCUCAACCUUGCACGCUUUCGCUGCGGGCGCUGCGCUCUCGUCCACAUCUCUAGGGACAUCACUCUCGGUUCUCAAUCCUGCCUCCGUAGGAUUUGACCUUCGAGAAACCAAGCUCGGAACUGCUUUACUAUCGGCAGCAGUCAUGGAUGAUGUAGUCGCUUUCGUACUAGCUAGUAUUCUGACCACAUUAGGUGAAGACGAUAGUUCCUCUCAAGAUUUAAUCGGUAAAAGCGUAGGGAGGACAAUUGGAGUGACUAUAGCAUUAGGAAUCGUUGUCGUGCCUUUAACCCGUUUCGUACUCAAGCCUUCAUAUGGUAGACUGCAAAGUGGAAUAAGAUGGAAAGAAGCUGUCUGGGGCGGAGAACCAUUACUAGUUGGACUUAUGGCUUGCUCGUUCAUCGGAAUGGUGGCUGCUGCCGGUUACGCAGGAACGUCGCCGUUGUAUGGAGCUUAUAUCGCUGGACUUGCUUGUGCUUAUCUCAAUGACACUUGGAAGGUUACAUCCCAUCUGGAAGGAUUAGGAGAAUCCGGACAUACCCUCGAUCAAAAUACACAUAAUUUGGGGUUGAGAAGGCUUAAUACUUAUCCUGGAAAUUCAAGACUUGGUACUACCUCUUCUAACUCUAUUCAGCCUCUCUCAUCUGGAGGUCUUUUGUCGGAGCAGCACAUUGUAACCCCUACUUUACGCUCAGCCUUUGAAAGAUAUCUGACACCUCUUCUUACGUAUCUUUUCGUACCGAUUUUCUUUGGCUCAAUCGGAUAUUGUAUACCUUUCGUUCCGCUUUGGCAAGGUAGAAUCAUUUGGCGUGGAAUUAUUUACGCUAGCUUGAUGUUACUUGGUAAAGCAGCUUGUGGACUCUGGUUGCUCUUCUGGCCAAAAGGCAAGUCCCAAUCAGCCAAAGGGUGUUCCCGGGACGAGAAGGAGCUCGGAUCUUGGAAAGGAGCGGUCUUUUUAGGAAGCGCGAUGGUCGCCAGAGGAGAAAUUGGAUUAUUAAUUUCUCAAAUCGCUUAUAACACUCCUCGAGCCCUUCUUACCGAAGAUGAAUUCCUCAUCGUUAAUUGGGGAAUCAUCCUCUGUACCAUCAUUGGUCCGUUAAGCGUAGGUUGGAUCGUGCGACGAUUCGGGAAAAGUGUAAUGGAUGGUGGCUGGGAUUAG